AUGAGUAAAAUGUCGAAGAACAAACUAAACUUGACCCUCCCACCAGGGUCUAUUGAUACUGCUCCUGCGGUUUCGCCGUCUAAUAUGACUCCUCAGUUGAAGUCUGCCACCGCCUCUGAGCGGCAAGGCUUAGCUGGAAAGUCCAAAACAAGUAUAGAAGCACUGACUGAAAGAUUGGAGCAAAUCGAGAUGGAUGACACACAAAGACGUCGAAUUGAAGUUUUCUUGUGUCAAAAGGAGAAGAUUGGAGAGCUCAGUGAUGAUGAUUUUGAAAAACUGGGUGAAUUAGGUCAAGGUAAUGGAGGUGUGGUUAUGAAGGUACGUCACAAAUCAACUGGACUAAUAAUGGCGCGCAAAUUGAUUCAUUUAGAAGUGAAACCAGCUAUUAAAAAACAAAUCAUUCGGGAAUUGAAAGUACUGCAUGAGUGCAACUUUGCUCACAUAGUAGGUUUUUAUGGGGCAUUCUAUAGUGAUGGGGAAAUUUCAAUAUGUAUGGAGUACAUGGAUGGUGGAUCCCUUGAUCUUAUUUUGAAAAAGGCUGGAAGGAUUCCUGAGUCAAUUUUAGGUACGAUCACAUCAGCGGUUUUGAAGGGCCUGAGCUAUUUACGCGACAAGCACGCAAUCAUGCAUCGUGAUGUAAAGCCGUCCAACAUCCUCGUGAACAGCAAUGGAGAGAUCAAGAUCUGCGACUUUGGCGUCUCCGGUCAGCUUAUCGAUUCAAUGGCAAACUCCUUCGUUGGUACUCGGAGCUACAUGUCUCCGGAACGUCUUCAAGGAACGCAUUACUCGGUGCAGUCGGACAUCUGGUCACUUGGUCUAUCCUUAGUGGAAAUGGCAAUUGGAAUGUACCCCAUACCGCCGCCUGACGCCAAAACCUUGGCUGCUAUUUUCGGAGGACAGAACGAAGAUCACUCUCCGGGACAGGCGCCAAACUCACCUCGACCGAUGGCGAUAUUCGAACUGUUGGAUUAUAUCGUUAAUGAGCCACCGCCGAAAUUACCUUCCGGUAUCUUCUCCGAUGAGUUCAAAGACUUCGUGGAUCGCUGUCUCAAAAAGAAUCCGGAUGAGAGAGCGGACUUGAAGACUCUAAUGAACCACGAAUGGAUCCGGAAGGCGGAAGCUGAGAAGGUGGACAUAGCGGGCUGGGUGUGCAAAACGAUGGACUUAAUGCCCGCAACUCCUAAUUCUAACGUGUCUCCUUUUUCUUCAUAA